UUUUUUUCUUCUGCUCUCUCGUAGCAAACACAAAGCAGACACAGGCACACGAUGGCCGAAGUCAAAGCCAUGGAACAUCCAUCGCUAAAGGUGCCGUACGAAAUACUGAACAAACGUUUCCGAAUCGCGCAGAAAACGCUAGACCGCGAGCUUAGCCAGAUACAGAACGUAGCCUCGGAGCUAGAGAAGGGUCUUUCGGAGGGUUCGAACAGCAUGGAAAUCUCUCGUCUUCUCGGGGGUGUGGUCGAGCGACUGCAGGUCCUGAAACGGAAGGCCGAGGAGAGCAUCUCGGAGGAACUGUCGGCCGGGUACGUGUGCAAACGUCGCCUGGAGCACCUGAAGCAAAACGUCAACCCACCGGUGGAUGCGACCACGCUCGAACUGCAGACUGCGGCCACGAACCAGUGGAAAAAGAUCCGGUUGGAUCGAAUGAUAGUGGAGCAUUUUCUGCGCCUCGGAUACUACGAUACGGCGGAACGGUUGGCCGAACGUAGCGGCAUCCGGGAUCUGACCAACAUCGACAUUUUCCAGGUGACGCGUGAGGUUGAACGCGAUCUCGUGAACCGCUGCACGCUCAAAUGUAUCGCCUGGUGUAACGAUAACAAGUCGAAGCUGAAGAAGAUUAACUCCACCAUCGAGUUUCAGCUGCGUGUGCAGGAGUUUGUCGAGCUGAUUCGGGAGGAUAAGCGCCUGCUGGCGGUGCGCCACGCCCAGAAGUACUUCCCUGCGUUCGAGCACGAACAGCUGAAGGAGAUCCGCCAGUGUAUGGCACUGCUGGCGUUCCCGGUAAGCACGGAGAUCGAACCGUACAAGACGCUGUUCGAUCCGCAGCGCUGGCAGGAUCUGGUGUUGCACUUCCGGCUGGAAAACUAUCGGCUGUUCCAGCUGCCGGCCCAGUCGGUGUUGAGUGUGGCCGUGCAGGCGGGUAUCUCGGCGCUCAAGACACCGCAGUGCUACUCGUACACGGCGAAGAACAUGAACUGUCCGGUGUGCCAGGAGAACGUAAACGAGAUCGCCGAGAACCUGCCCUUCUCGCAUUGCGCCCAAAGUCGUUUGAUUUGCAGAAUCACAGGCAAACCGCUGAACGAGCACAACCUACCGAUGAUGUUGCCAAAUGGGCAGAUUUUUGGACAGCAAGCGAUCGAACAGAUGCGCCGCGAGAACGACGUACUCGUGUGUCCGAAGACAAGCGAAUCGUUCCGCGCGCCAAAGAUAGAGAAAGUCUUCGUGAUGUAGUAGCACCACGAGUACACCAACGAAACCAUGGCCAAACAUCGCUUGGCAUCUCAGAUAUGGCCACGUGUGUGGAGACACGACGGCGUUGCGUUUUUUUCUUUUCUUUUAAUGAAUUUCUCGUUUUUAAGCGAUCUAGCUUCGGCCAGCAUUGGCAGAUAUACAUUUUCAUACCAAUAUUUCUACCAUUAUUAUCUUGAACUAUUUGCAAUCAAUUUUCGUCUCCUUCUUUUUAAUUACAAAUAAGGAAGGUUUACCUUCGAACUAGGGAUAUAAGUUAGAAUUUUUUUUACUAUCAGAAGGAGCAAUUAGCAACAUGUUUUACGCAUCGGCGAGCGAACGAUGCGCAUGAACCAAAAAUAUUUGCUACCGUAGCAGACACGUUUACCGAUUUCAAGCCCUUCUAGAGCUACGCAAAACGCAUGCUACGAUUUUAAUUUACAACUGACGUUUUGUUACAUUACGUGCGAAUGCAUCGUGAAAAUUGGAAAAAUACAGACAUGUCGUCAACGGUUCGUAACAAAAGUGGGCACCAUUUUUGCAAACUCUCAUUGAUUUUCUUUCUUUACAAACCUAUAAUGUAAGCAAAAGUGCGUGUGUGAUCAUCUCUUAGCUAUGGAUAAGGCAACUUUGUUUGCAACAUUUGCUUGUUCAAAAAUGUAAAUGUAUGUCGAUCGAUAUCUCCAAUCGGUAGUUCUAAGUAAUCUCGGUUCCACACGCUCAGACGCCUGCACGCCCGGCAAGUGGUUCCGUUGACGGAAGCUAAUCCUAAACUAAUAGAGGGCGGUCAGUUGUGCGGCGGCAAUGCACGAUAUCACGGCAUCGACCACGCACCUGACGCCUGACGAGUUGCUUAUGAUGCGAAUGUAUUAAUGCUGGGUAAUGAAAGAACGAUCGUGGAGUUGCUGUGAUUGAGCGACAUGUUGAACCGGAAUCGGAACCGAAAUUCGACAUCGACAAAAGGCAAUUCUGCUAGGAUAAAACAGCGAACACAUGAAGCCAUCGGAUCGUCAACGCAAUAAACAAGUAUAGUUUCGCAAGAAUAUGUAUAUUACUGAUAAGAGCAUUAGGGGCAGGUGUUGUGACGCGAAAGGAUUCUCGAGAUUAAGAGUGACACUAAUGGUUUGCUAUAUGAUU